CACCAAAAAAAAAAAAAAAAAAAGAAGAAAGAAAACACACAGCCACAAGAAAAUAAAUAUACAACUUGGAAGGCUGCAAAUAAAAUAUUUGUUAUAAUUAAAUAAUUAAUAACAAUAGUAAAAAAGGUAAUUUGUAAUAAUGGCAAGUACAUCAACAAGUGAUCAAACAACAAUUGCUCAAAAAACAUGGGAAAUGAAUAAUGACAUUGAGACAAUAAGUACUGCUGAUGAAAUUUAUCGUUAUGACAAAAAAGAACAACAAGAUAUACUUGCUGCAAAACCCUGGGAAAAAGAUCCACAUUUUUUUAAAGAUAUAAAAAUAUCAGCAUUGGCAUUGUUAAAAAUGGUUAUGCAUGCACGUUCAGGUGGUACACUUGAAGUUAUGGGUUUAUUGCUUGGAAAAGUAACAGCAAAUACAAUGAUUGUUAUGGAUUCAUUUGCACUACCAGUUGAAGGUACUGAAACUCGUGUUAAUGCACAAGCACAAGCAUAUGAAUACAUGACUGGUUAUAUUGAAGCAGCUAAACAAGUUGGUCGUCAAGAAAAUGCAAUAGGUUGGUAUCAUUCACAUCCUGGUUAUGGUUGUUGGUUAUCUGGUAUUGAUGUAUCAACACAAAUGCUCAAUCAAAAUUUCCAAGAGCCAUUUGUUGCUAUUGUCAUUGAUCCAGUUAGAACAAUAUCUGCUGGUAAAGUUUGUCUUGGUGCAUUCAGAACAUAUCCAAAGGGAUAUAAACCAGCAAGUGAAGAACCAUCUGAAUAUCAAACAAUUCCAUUAAAUAAAAUUGAAGAUUUUGGUGUUCAUUGUAAACAAUAUUAUUCACUUGAAGUAACAUAUUUUAAAUCAUCAUUAGAUAGAAGAUUAUUAGAUUCAUUGUGGAAUAAAUAUUGGGUUAAUACACUUAGUUCAUCAAGUUUAUUAACAAAUGCUGAUUAUACAACUGGACAAAUAUUUGAUUUAUCUGAUAAAUUAGAACAAUCAGAAAGUUCUGUUUCACGUAGUAGUGUGGCAUUUUAUCUUGGUACUGAUUCAGCUGAACGUCGUACUGAAGAUAAAUUAUGCAAAGCAACACGUGAUAGUUGCAAAACAACAAUUGAAGUUGUUCAUGGUCUUAUGGGACAAAUUAUUAAAAAUAAAUUGUUCAAUCAAGUUGCUACAAAUCCAGCUAUGGAAAUUUAAAUCUCAACAAUAUUAAUUAUCAACUUGUAAUCAUCAUUUUUUCUUUUCUUUUUUUUUUUUCAUAUUAAAGUUCCUCAAAUUUUCAACAAUAAAAUAAUAAUAAUUUAAAUAAAUUUCCAUUGUUUUUUUUUUUUAUUUAAAAAUAGGUUAAUCCUGAAAUAAUUAAAUUUAAUUAUUAUUUAUAAUUAUUGUAAUUAUUAUGUGGAAUAAAAAUACAUUUUUCAUUUUCAAAUA